AUGAGAUAUAAUACUUUAUUAAUGAGUGCUACAUUUUCUAAAAAAAACUUUUCUAUAUCAAUAUCAAAAUCAAAAGAAAUAUAUUCUAUAACUAAAUUUUCUAAUCAAACAAAUUGGGAAAAUAAAAAAACACAAGUAUUUUUUAGAACAACUGCAAAUAAAUAUUCUAGAAAAAUAAAUAAUGAAGAAGAUACUAAUGCUGAACCAAUAUUAAAAUCUGAAUUAACAUCAAAAAAAUUUAAAUUAUUAGAAGAAAGUGACAUACCUUUUGUAAUAUUUAAUAACACAAAUUCAUCUGCUGUAUUUGGUAUAACUGAAGGGAUGCCACCUAGUUCUUUGUUUAUAGCAAAUAUUAAUUAUAAAAUGAGAUUUAGUUCUAAUGUUGAUAAUGUAAUAUUAACUGGAAAAACACAAUUAGAAAAAUUAGGAAAAGGACCUAGAGUAGAAAGAUGGAUUUAUGAUGAAAAAGAUGUUUAA